AUGGCUCCCAUACACAGAGUCGCAGUUAUCCAGCUCCAUCCUAAGCCUCUUAAUCCUGAGUUCAACUUCAAUAAAGCAGCGACCUUCAUCCGGUCGGCAGCAAAGCAAGGUGCCGAGCUCGCAGUGCUACCAGAGUAUCAUUUAACAAAUUGGCUACCUAAGGACAGCAAGUUCAUCAAAGCCUGCGCCCAAUGGGAAGUAUACCUCCGCAAAUACCAACAUCUGGCGAAGGAGUGUAGCAUCUGCAUUGUACCGGGGACCAUUGUAGAAUACCAUCCGGGGAGCAAGGAGGAUGAGGGCAAGCUGAUCAACGUGGCGUACUUCAUUGAUAAGAAUGGCGAGAUCAUCGGCAAAUACGUGAAGAAGAACCUCUGGCACCCCGAGCGCGAGCACCUCACCUCCUCCACCCACGACGCCCACGAAGUCUUCGACACGCCUCUCGGAAAAGUCGGCAUGCUAAUCUGCUGGGACCUCGCCUUUCCCGAAGCCUUCCGGGAGCUCAUCUCACAAGGCGCCAAAAUCAUCAUCAUCCCCACUUUCUGGACCCUCACCGACUGCAACCCCCGCGGCCUCGCCCACAACCCGUCCGCGGAGGCCCUCUUCCUCGACAGCACCCUCACGUCCCGGUGCUACGAAAACACGUGCGCGAUCGUUUUCGCCAACGCCGGCGGGCCGCCUGGCAAAGGCUACGCGGGCCUCUCGCAGGUCACGGUUCCUUUUAUCGGGCCGUUGACGCGGCUGGGGAGCGCGGCGGAGGGCAUGAGCGUCGUGGAUUUGGAUCUGGGGAUUCUGGAGGAUGCGGAGGAGAAUUAUGGCGUCAGGAAGGAUCUGUCGAGGGAUGAUUGGCACUAUAUGUAUAGACAUGGAAGGGCGAAGGGGAUGGGGAGUAAGCUGUGA